ACUUUGUCCCCACACUGAAAUCAGACAGAGACAAAGGCAGGACUAAAACACAAGGGAGUAGCUUACGAAUCUCUGUUUGUUUGUUUAUUUAUUUUUAUUAUUAUUUUUUACUUUUUCGUACAGUUGUAAUUGGAUUCUUGGAGGUAUCCUUGACAGGACAAAGUGAUGGAUUUCAACUCCGAACAAGCUGGUGAUGGGAUAGAACUGCUGGAUCUGCUUUUCGAUAAGAACGAUGGCAUCUUGUGCCACGAGAACAUGAUACAUCAUAAUGACCAGCCUUGGCUGAUGCAAGACCCUAAUAUGAUGAUGCCAGGUCAGGGUAAUGAAGACUUCUUCAACGCCCUGCUGAGUGGGACCGACUCUGCGUCUGGCUCUCCGUUAUGGCCGUCCUCUCCAAGCGACAGUGGAAUAAGUGAGGACCCGCACUCUGACCAGAAUGACAGUCCUCCACCUCCUGGGAGUCCCCCUCUGGAUUCUUGCUAUGUGCCUCUACACACACAUUACGCUCCUGCUCCAAACACAGCUAUGACCAUCAAUCCUGAUGGCUGGGGGUCUGGUAUUUUACUGGAAAAGGGUGCAGGAAUGCAGAAUGUAUGCAAAGUACCUCCAGAUCAACUGGCCACCUCUUUCCCUGUCACCAUCAAGGAUCUGCUGCUCUCUGGUGCUCCAGAGCCUCCUCCACUAAAUUUACAGCAAGCUUGUCAGGAGCUGGUUCUCAACGAAGACGAGAAGAAGUUACUCGUCAAAGAGGGAGUGACUUUGCCCAGUCAACUUCCUCUUACCAAGUAUGAGGAGAGGAUUCUGAAGAAAAUCCGCCGGAAGAUCCGUAACAAGCAGUCGGCACAGGAGAGCAGGAAGAAGAAGAAAGAAUACAUAGAUGGACUAGAAAGCAGGAUGGCAGCUUGCAGUGUGGAGAACCAGGAGCUGCAAAGGAAAGUCUUCCAGCUGGAGAAAUGUAACAUCUCUCUGAUGGAGCAGCUGCGUCGGUUACAGGCUAUGAUCAUGAAUGGAUCUAACAAACCGGCUCAAACCGGGACCUGUGUGCUGGUGCUGCUGCUGUCAUUCACACUGAUUCUUCUGCCCAGCCUGAAGCCCUUCACAGAGACCAAGGUCAGCCAGCCUGGAGACUUCAGUGCACUUAGAGCACUUCAGAAUGUGGCACAGAUGUUUCUUGGAAAAUUGUCUCCCUGGAGAGUUCCCGGAAUCUCAUACUGCAGCCCUGGUGGAGCUGAAAUAAAAGUGCAACAAUCUUUAAAAAAGCAAAGGCACGCGAUCAUCUCCUCCACAUGACUCCAGUUCAUCUGGCUGAGUGGAAGAUCAACCAGGAUGUCUAAGAACAGGCUUCAGAGCACCAAGGUUUUUACGUCUUUGUUCUAUUUAAUGCAUCGAAGCCUCUCGAAGCCGGGUGCACGUGUCUGUUGUGGUCUGAUAAAAAAAAGCACACAAUGCCUAAAAUAAUUAAGGUUGGCAGAGAAGGGGAAAGGCUGAUCCAUCUCCAUUCUGCCCUGUUUUCACGACUGUCUCUGACGCUUUAUUCUGUCUACAAAGUAAGUUCAGAAUUACCAUGUGUCAGUCAAGCAUGGCAAAGAAGAAUCCAUCAAUCACAACACUUACCUUGAGUCCUAUAAACAAGCAUGCUGAAAUAUAAUACAUGAAUGAAUAACAGUGGAAAAUUAUUUAGAAAUAUUGAAGUGUACAAUGUUUUUGGCUUUUAUAAAACAUACUGUGUUCCCAGUUGAAACGCAUGAUCAGAAUUGUGCAGUGGCUUACAGAAACCCUUCACAUACAGAAACCCUUUUCAAGUUAAUAUUUAUAUAUUUAAAUCAAUAUUUAAUAUUAAAAUUUUGAUUACCACCAAAUUGAAAAAGUAGAAAAUCACUUUAAAAGAUUUCAUUCCAUUUCUAAUGACAGAUUCCUCGCCUACCUCUACUUAGAGAAAAAAGCCCUUACUGUUGAAUUUUAAUGAAUUAUAAGUUAAUGCUGAUCCAGAUGCUGAUCCACAUCAGUCUCUGUCUCAACCCUUGGUAAAAAGUCACUAGUCGUAUUUAAACUUGAGCCUCAUUUUAUCUCUUCACUUGGCUGCUCUUUAAUCUUUUCACACUAAUAUAUGUGGAGAAAUGAAUUCAGUCAGUUCUGUUGAUACAAUUUCUUGUUAUCAAUCUCUUUUAUGAGGUCUUUUAAACUGAAGUCAGUUGUCAGUUUGAACAGAGUGUGCAAGUGUUCUUCUUCUUUUUUUUUUGAUGAUGAUGAUGAUGUGGCUGAACAGAAGCAUCGCAGACAUUUCGACAGCCAGUAUCAGAUGGCAACUAAUUGAUCAGGUUCAAUUUGCUAAGUACUAAAUGAAACAAGGUUUUAGACAUGCAGACUGAAUAUAUUUACCCCUUGUAAACAUACUUAACAUCUUUGCAGGUCAAGACAAGGUUAGAACAUAGUCUAAAAAAACACAUAUCCAUGUUGUUUGGGUGCAUAUAUGUCACAUAUAACAUUCAAACAAUAACUUUCUCAAGCACCUCAUAGCAAUAGUAUUCCCCUAUCUCUAUCUCUGGAGCCCUGGAUUUCCUCCAAAUGAAUUCACAUACUGUAGAGAGCCUGGAAAAAUACAUUAUUUAUAUAUCCCUACACAUAUUUUUGUCUACACAGUGAAUACAAGACAAUUUUUUUACCCAAGAUUUGAUAAAUAAAAAUAUUAUUGAAAAAAUUAUAGUAUAUUUCAAAAAACAUCAUGGUGUUAGAUUAUAAAUUGUUAUUAAUUCAUUAUUUUUUUUGUCCAUGUUUUCUGCUUUCUGUUUGUGGUGGCAACAGGAUGUGAAGGUCAAUCCAGACUACCCUUUCCUCUUUACCUCCUCAUUAAGGAUCAUUAGACGUUCCCAAUUCAACUGUGAGAUGUUAUUACAAAAUGUACAGUAGGUUAUGUUUUGUGUCACAUACACAAGUGUAGGUGAUAGAAAAUGUCUCAAGUGCACUUACAGGUACAGCACUGUGACAUUGUUUACUUGGUUUAUCCCAUCUUGUUAGGAAGUCAGAAACCCUGGAGCAGAGAUUUGUGUGCCCAGCACAAUUUUGUCCAAUUUAGAGUCUGUUUCAUCCAACAAGUAAGGAGCGUAUUCUCCCUUUUGUCCACAGCAUGAAAGUAUUCUUAUCAAUAUACUACACAAAAGGAGAAUCCCUUUAGGACAGUAUAGAAUAUAAUAGUUAUGCUAUAUACUGGAUGUCACCUAACAAUUUUGUUAUGAAAUUACAGCUCUUUAUGGUACAGACAGGUAAUGAUAUAUACUGAAUGGAAUGUUAAAAUUGCAAAACAAUGUCAUUAAAAAUAACUUUAAAAAAAAACAUGGGCUGAUUUUGUAGCAUAAUAUGCUAUAAAAGCCAAGUUCUCUGAAUUAAUCUUUAGCUUUGGGUUACUGCUUGGGCUUCACUUUACAUGCUCUCCCUCUAUUUGUCUGGGUUUACUCUGGGAUACAUGGUUUCCUGUCAAUUCCAAAAAACAUGCCCAUAAGUAGUAAGAUUACAUUGCGCUUAAUUGUCCCUGUGCAUGAAUAAUUCUUGGGAUAAUAAACACCAAACAGUUCAAUAAUUGAUGUCUCCACAUAAUAAGUGUAUAAUAUACAUUUGUACACUAUUGUUGGAUAAAUUCAUUUAUGGUUAAUGCUGUCAUGAAAAAUGAAGGUUUAAACCAUGGUAUUACUGUGUGCCAGGAAUCAGUGGAGGAUGCAAGUCCAGGUACACAAUGUUCUUUACGGUUGAGGCAAACAAGACAUGGAAGUAAUCCAGAAACAUAGUUGAAAAACAGGCAAGGGUCAGGCAGUGAAUAAAUAGCAUGAACUAGGCUGGCCAAAUAUCAAAAACAUGUGUAAACAAGGUUGAAUAUUGUCCUAAUGACAAGAACAAAAGAAGACGGAGCACAAACUUUGCUAAUAUACUUAUUUGUGUGUGUGUGUGUGUGUGUGUGCGUGUGAGAAAGAGAGACAGAGAGAGAGAGAGAGAGAGAGAGACAGAGAGAGAGAGACAUUGUACACCAAUUCUGGUGUUGACAUGAAACUGAACUGUUUUCUUCAUUUUCUUAUUCUGCCUUAUGUUAUAUUAAAUGCUACUCAACUAAUCAAAUCCUGUGAUCAAGUGUUUAGAAUAUGUAAAGCAUGUAUGCAUAGGUAUUGCUAAAUAUUGUUAAAAUGUCAGUUGAUAUGUCUGUGGUAAGGAUACCGAUUUGCACGGUUUCUAUAUUCACUUCUCACUCCACCCCUAGAAUAUUCCCCUUAAAGGAGAAAUUCAGGUUGUUGUUCUUCUUUCGGCUGCUCCCUGUUUGGGGUCACUGCAGCGGAUCAUUUGGUACACAUUUUUCAACUUAAUCUGGGCUUGGGACCGGCACUAAGAGUUAACUCUUCAGUGGCUGGGAAUUGAACCCGGGCUGCGGCAAUGAGAGUGCAGGAUCCUGCCGCUGGACCACAAGGAGGAUUAAUGGAGAAAUUCAGGAAAUUAAAAAUAAAAAAAAAAGGUACAUUGUUUCUUCUAACUGUAUGGAUUUUCAUAAAAAAAUAGUUCAGGUCUUUAUUGUCAUUUAUUUGUAUAGCUUCUAUAGAAGCAAUAAAUA